UUAUUUUUUUUAAUCGAACACACCCCAUUACUUGUAGUUUUGUAGAUUAAGAAUUGUUUAUGCAAAUAAAUUUUAAUUUUUUUUCGAAUUGACGAAGCUAAAGUUCACCUUCAUACAUUGCUUCAAAAUAUAAAUAAAUAUUAUCUACAAAAUGCUAUUACUAAAAGGCGAAGCCGAUUCGAUAAACUUAGAAGGAUAUACGGCAAUUGUACCGAGUAUCGGAGUGGGAAAUGCCGGCCAGCUUGCAUGUGAUCUAAUUAUCUCGACGUUGAAGUUGAAAAGAAUUGGUAAUAUUUGGCAUGAAGCUCUGAUUCCAAUAACUGGACCCUCUGCCUUUCAACACGAACCCAAUACAAAGGCUGCCUCAUGCGAGGUCUACGUCGAUGACUCAAAAAAAGUGCUCGCUAUCCAAUUACGUUCACCGCUCAUAUCAAUGCACCUGAACGACUUCCAUGAAGAGUUAGUGGGAUUGCUUCAAAAAUGUUCCAGAGUGAUUAUACUUACCAGUAGUUUUGGCUACGAGAAACACACAAUAGAAGCCAGUUCAUUUGAAUACAUUGCCAAUAAAGAAUUCAAACAAAAUCAUGCCGACCGGCUCGGAGCCUUACAAUGGACUGAAUUUUCUGGAGAAGUAGUACAUGGGGGAGGCAACGCACUUAAGCUUUACAAAGCCUUAGAAGCCAGCAAUGUGCCGGCGCUAUUGCUGUUUAAAUAUGUUUUGGAAGGAGAUAACACGAUGGAUGCUUCGCAAUUAGUAAAAGAAUUGGACGAUUUACUCGAAGAAGAAAUCAAAAUGAAGUCUGGAAGUUCUUUGAAGUUAACAGCACCAGUUUCAUGGAAGCUCAUGUAUGGCAACGAAGUUGGAGAUUUGAUUUUCUAGGAUAAAUUUUGAAAGUGUAAUAAAAGAGGGUGCAAAGUUAA